AUGUCAUUAGGUACCUUAUUUGGCGCUCAACAAAUCCGUACUGUCCCAGCAAAGGCUUUAAUUAAGCACUUUAACUUAGAUGUUAAGGUUGUUGAAACCUUAGACAAGGCUUACGAAAAGAACUUCCCAUUAGCUAAGAUCCCAUGUUUCGUUGGACCAAAGGGAUUCAAGUUACAAGAAGUUAUUGCUAUUUCUAUUUACUGUAUGUAUUUUCCAUUAAUGCUGCAUGCAAUUGAACGGUGUUUACGUGAUGAGAAAUUUUUUCAUAUUUAUACAGUUAUCCCUGUCUUAAUACAUUAUGUCGAGAAUAUUAUUCUGAAAAUAAAUUUAGUCAAUUGCAUUGCAUGA